AUGGCGGAACCUGCUACAAUGGGAAGAAAACUGAGCGAACUGCGCGUUAUCGAUUUGCGAAGUGAGCUGGAAAAGAGGAAUCUGGAUAAGACUGGAGUGAAAGCGGUGCUGGCUGAUCGCUUGCAAGACAGCGAUACGGAUAGAUCAGAGUCGCAGAACGGAUCUGGUGACAGAACAGCUGAAAAAAUGGAAAGCAAUCGGUCUGACGAGGAGGGACUUGAUGUGUCUCUGGAGGACACGGAUUCGCUGUUCAAGGAGGCUGAGGAGGGCGACAUGUUCGAAAGCGACAAAAAGUGGCCAAUACCGAUGCAAAGUCUGCGAGAAAUGCCGGAGUGGCUCCUGACAAAGCAUAUCCUCACGGAAAGAGGAAGCCUACAGUACUUAUUUGGGUCUGAAGAGAUGGUUAUCACAAGAGGAAGGAGUGGUGGAAACGGAAAUGGAAACGCAUUUGAUCGACACGCCUCGUGGGAGAACAGACAAAUCGUCUUGGUAUCUAAUGGAUCUAAUCGAUGCUGUUUCAAGAGACGUCGAAUCGAGGAUGACGGUAUCGUCGAAAACGCCACAAGCAGGCGUGAGGAGGAAAUGGAUGAGGAGCGCGAGGACAAUGACCAGCAACAGCGGCGUGCGCGUGGCAACGGGAUCGCCGCCGACGCCGCUGGCGCCUCGCCGCCGCGUCCUGAAAACGUACCCGUCUUGGCGCCGUUUACUUCCAAGGACACGCUGGACAUGCACGACGCGGCGGUUCGUAGCCGCGUGCCGGAAGCGCCUUCCGACGACGUGUCCAUGAUUGUCAACAUCGACGAGCAGAGCGUGCGCGAGGACGAGUCUGCCCCGCCGACCCCGAUGCGGCCCAGCAACACCAACACUUCCGAGUCCGUCGAGGAAACCGGCGAAAAAACUUCAUCUUCUGCUUCUGCGGUGCUCAGGCCUCCGAAAAGCACGAUGGGAAUGGUAUUUGGCGGAAGCGGACUGGGCGGAUGGAUGGGCGCCCCGAGGGCCGGUUCCGACACUUCAUUGCGGCUGGAAUUAGGCGCCACUUCUCGCCGAACCUGA